CACAAGCAGCAACUUUAAAUGGAUAAUUUAAGCCUUAAAAGGCUGUCACAUACCAGAAUUUACAAGCAAGGAACCGGAGCUAGCAGAUUGGGCAAGGCCGGCGGGAAGUGCAGGGGAAGCUCACGGAAACUACCCAAAAUUGAAGGAAAUAAGAGCAAUCAAAGUUAACCCAAGCCAAUUCAAGCAAGAACAAAGGAAUUAGGGGCUGUUCUUACCGGAAAAAAAUGCCCAGAAAUCACCCACAAUCAAGAGCAGCCGGCGGAAGGACAAAGCAGAGCAGGGCAGAUCCGGCUUUUCCAGCAAGGGGGAAAGAUUUCUGGGUUCUUUAUGGGUUCUAGAACAAGAAAGGAAGGGGAAAAUACCAAGCUUCCUUACCAAUUUUCCAAGGCAUGGCUGGGUUUCCCUUUCUUUUUCUUCGGGCGGCUGCAGCGGGAAGACAGAGCAGAACACGCGGGGAAGAAGAAGAAAAGAAAGAAAGAAAAAGGAGAAAAGAAAAGAAGUCAUCCUUA